AUGUCCACCGUCGUGGUAAAUACAGAAGUCACAAAUGGCGAUGUUACUGGGAAGAUGACUCAAGAACAGAGCAAUAGGAUACCAGAAAAGUAUCUUCAGAAUCUGGAUCCGGAAUGGGAGGACAUGUGGACAAACCACAGCCAAGCCGUUGUGGGCGCUCACUUGAUAUCGGUUGAAGAAUUUCGUCAACAUCCUGCAAAAUAUAGCUUCACCUACCCAACUUGGAGUGGACCUGAGGUACAUCAUGUGGAAGAUCAUCAAGUCCCCGUUCUUGAACCAGAAGGCAGCAUAACCUGUAGAGUAUACACGCCUGCCGGUCCAGGUCCAUUCCCCGUGCAUCUGAAUUUCCACGGCGGAGGAUGGGUAAUUGGGGGACUCAACUCAGAAGCCGCAUGGUGCCGCAGCAUAUGCAACCAAUCAUCCAUCGUCGUGAUCGAUGUGGACUACCGUCUUGCCCCCGAGUUCCCCUUUCCAGUGGCCAUUUAUGACUGCUGGGCAGCAGUUAAAUGGGCAAUUGCCGAGGCGCAAACGCUCAAUAUCGAUCCCACUUCAGUAUCAAUUGGCGGUCUUUCCUCGGGGGGCCUGAUUACCGCUGUCUUGGCCCAUUUUGCGCGCGAUAGCAGUCCCAAGAUCGACCUGAAACUGCAAUUGAUGGUAGUGCCGGCAACAGACAUGCGCUAUGUACCGGCCUCUGUGAAUGAGACUCGGCCAUUGACACUAGAUACAUGUCCAUAUCCGAGUGCUAUAUUUUGCUCUGAUCUGCCAUGGUCUCCUCUUAGUCGAGAGUCGUGGUUUCUAAAGUACUACAUUGGAACAGACCCAGAAAUCCGCUCUAAGAUUCUGGCUGACUGGCGCAUGACGCCGGUUCUGUCACCUUGUCUGAAGGACUUAGCACCGGCCCAUAUCGUGACAGCGGAAUUCGAUGUCGAACGCGAUGAAGGAGAAUAUUAUGGCGAUAUGCUCAAGGCAGCGGGGAACCAGGUCACCAUGAAAAGAUAUGCUGGAGUUCCUCAUGCCUUUGCACACUACAAUCAUCCUACACGAGGCCUCAGCAAGAGCCAUGAAUACAUCAGAGACACGGCCAGUUUGCUAUCGAGAGUGCAUGCAAAAGGAACAUGA